AUCCACCCAUUUCCACAUAACACAAUCUUGUGUUUUUAGCUCUGUUGUUCAAAAUAGAAACACACAAUAAUAAUUUCAAUAUAUAAGAAUGGAGAGCACACUGUUAUUGUCUGCAAGAUGUCUUUCCAUCCAAAGUAGCAAUGUGAGGAAAUUUCAGAGCUCCUUUUGUGGCAAUUUGUUUCCUGAGUGUUGGUUUACUAAAAGAAAUAAUAAUGCUGCUGCUUAUACUUGCACCAGAAGUAGCAAUACAAUCACUUCAUUGUUUUCAAUUGGUAAGAAGAAGGCCAAAGUAAUCAAGAGAGAAACUGUUGUCCCAGAUCCAGAUUACCGAAUACCGAUUGUUUUUCUUGGUGUAGCUGGUGGUUUAGUCUAUGGAGAUAAUCUAAUAGCAGCUGCUCCUGUCGGUCUUCUUGGUUUACUUCUACUUUUUCAGACAACUAGAGUGAGGUUUGUCUUUGACGAUGAAGCUCUGGAAGUGAAAGUGGGAAAAGAGCUUGACGAUUCAGGCGAAAAUGUGUUUGUUGGUGGCAAAAAUCGUUGGAAGUACUCAUCAUUCGUAAACUGGGAGCUCUGGUGGCCAAGUUUCCCGAUACUGGUCUACUUCAAAGAAUCACAAACAAAACCUGAAGGACAAGUCCAUUUUUUCCCAGUGAUUUUUAAUGGGAAACAAUUGUAUGAUGUUAUGGUGGAACGAGCUGGCCCUUCAAAGACUAGUGGCCCAAAGUAGUAGCAGCGAUUUAGAUGUGGAAACUCAAUGGUACGAGAACACAUAGCGUAAAUUCUAGCUGUUCCGGGUUCCAGGCUUUGUUAUGAUGUUUACUGCCUAUAUUUAAAGAAACACAUAGUUAUAUGUGUAAGAUUGGAUUCCCGAUUAACAUCAAAAAUCAAAAUGACACAUCAAUAAAAAUAAGACUAGUGUUGA